AUGGCUUCAACUCAUAUCACCCAGGUCGAUUUGACCACUUACCCACAGCAGCCUUCGGCGGCGACAACGGACAUCGAAAUACUACGCCAACACGAAGAUGACGAGCAACGUCUCAACAGUGACGAUGGCUUCUCCCUUCCGCCCACCGAUGGUGGUAAGGAUGCCUGGCUUUGCCUCUUCGCUUGCUUCAUGCUAGAAGCGAUGAUCUGGGGCUUCCCUUCCUGCUACGGCGUCUUUCAAGAGUAUUAUGCUACUAGUGAGGAGUUCUCCGGUCAAAGCAACAUCGCCGUGGUUGGCGCUUGCGCAAUGGGUAUCAUGUACAUGGACAUCGCGUUCUGGUUUGCCGUGCUCAAAUACUUUCCCAAAUUCCGCAUCUGGGCCACACCAGUCGGUCUAGUUGUCGUUUGCCUCGCUUUGGGCCUUGGAUCUCUGUCAACGAGCGUAACGCACCUGAUAGUCACUCAAGGUAUCUUGUACGCACUCGGCGGCGGCCUCGCAUGGACCCCAAUCCUUUUCAACAUCGAAGAGUGGUGGGUACGCAGAAGAGGCUUUGCCUAUGGAGCCACCAUGGCUGGUCUAGGAUUGAGCGGGGCCAUCCUCCCUCUUAUACUUGAAUGGCUUCUACACUCAUACGGAUUCCGGACGACUCUACGAGUAUGUGCGCUCAGCUUCGUAGCCCUCAACUUUCCGAUAGUCUUCUUCUUCAAGCCUCGACUUCCACUAUCGCAAACAUCGCAGUCCAGGGGUUUUGAUCUGUCGUUCUGGACAUGUUCGAAUUAUCUCAUCCUGCAAUCCGGCAACAUCAUCCAAAGUCUUGGCUUCUUCCUACCAGCAAUCUACCUACCUACUUUUGCUCGAUCCAUCGGCGCAGGCAGCAUCGAAAGUACCGUCACAAUCAUCCUCGUAAACGCCGCUGCGUUUGUCGGAUGUCUAUGCAUGGGUAUCGCUACCGACAAGUACCAUGUCACGACCUGUCUUAUGGUCUCUGCACUGGGGUCAACGGUCGGCAUCUUUCUCCUCUGGGGGUUCUCUACAUCACUAGCGCCAUUGUACAUGUUCUGCAUCGUCUAUGGUGCCUUUGCUGGCUGUCAAUCGAGCGCCUGGAGUGCAAUCGUCGCAGACACUCAAAAGAAGCGCAGAGGCGCGGAUUCUGGCUUCGUAUGGGCCUGUCUAUCGGCUGGGAAAGGAGUAGGCAACUUGUGCAGUGGUCCGCUCUCAGAAGCAUUGCUAAAUGCUGGUGAUUGGAGUGCAGGCUUUGCUUAUGGCAGCGGAUAUGGCGCGUUGAUCGCCUUCACAGGUGUGACCGCACUGUUGAGCGGCUGGGGAUAUGCUGCAAGGAGAAUUGGAUGGAUAUGA